AUGGCGAACCUUGCAAAUUUUUGUGUUUAUAUUGGGAGCUUCAUCUGGAAAGUGGAGAAAAGAAAAAUGGAGAUUGAGAUAAUAUCAAGAGAGAACAUCAAACCCUCUUCUCCAACACCUACUCACCUUAGAACCCAUGUCCUCAGUCUCCUUGAUCAAUUUGCACCUCCCAAAUAUGGUUCAAACCUCUUAUUUUAUUCUGCGAAUGAAGCUGCCUCCAUAUCCAUCUCCCAGAGAUCACAAGUUUUGAAACAAUCGCUAUCACGAACACUAACUCUCUAUUAUCCCUUCGCUGGAAGGAACAUCGACAACUUUUCCAUCGAUUGUAAUGAUGAGGGGAUUUCCUAUACAGUGGCUAAAGUCAAUUGCAAAUUAUCUGAUUAUCUCAAGCAACCUGAUUUCUCGAAGUUUCCAAAAUUUGUGCCAGAAGAAAUCAUUUUCUGUGAGAUGACUCCAGGUUGUCAUCUUGUUAAGAUACAAGAAACUAUGUUUGUUUGUGGUGGUUUUGCAAUAGGCAUUGGUACUACACACAACAUAGUCGAUGUAACUUCUUUAACGGCAUUCCUCAAUACGUGGGGUAGCAUGGCACGAGAAGGAGCAGCUCUAUCUCCCGAUUUUAGCUGCUCAUAUAUCUUUCCUCGAAACAACACAUUCCCGCAAGAUCUGACUCUCUUGGCUUUAACGAAUCGACUCUUUCAAGAAAAGGGCAUCUUUGUCGGAAGGAGGUUUGUGUUUGAAGGACCAAUGAUAAGCAAUCUUAAAGCCAAAGCUUUGAGAUUAGGCGUGCAGAAGCCAACACGAGCAGAGGUAGUGGUUGCACUCCUGUUCAAAUGCAUCAUGUCUGCAUCCAAGGCAAAAUUUGGUGCCAAGAAGAAGUCAGCUUUGUUAUCAACUUCGGUGAACUUGCGACGAAGGGCAGAGCCAAAAUUCCCACAAACAAGUGUGGGAAAUAUACUUUUGCUUGCCCCGAUAAAAGUAAAUAGUGAAGAAACAGAUGCGCGUAGUUUUGUGUCCCGGAUGAGAGAAACAUUAUCUCCAAUGAAUGGUGAUUUUGUCAAGAGCCUUCAAGGGGAGAAGGGAUUGAAGUCUCUUUGCGAAUAUUUGAGGAGGCUUGGUGAAUCAUAUUCAAAGGGUAUCGCCAAUGGAGAUGAAAUCAUCCUUGUGGAUACAAGAAGCGGUAAUGGAAUAGAAGCAUGGGUGUCACUGGAUGAAGAAAUCAUGGUUAUGGUAGAACAUGACAAAGAACUCCUUUCAGUAGCCUCUGUGGAUCCUAGUCCUCUUGAAAUUGAUUCACUCAAUUCAAGGCUUUGA